AUGCCAUACCCAGCCCGAGCCAAGAAAGAGAAGCAGGAAGAGGAAUAUCAGAAGUUUCUAGAUCAUAUUAAAACUCUUGAAAUCAACAUUCCUUUCAUUGAAGCCGUCAUGCAAAUGCCCAAGUAUGCAAAGUUCCUUAAGGAACUCCUCACUAACAGAAGAAAGAUGGAGGAAGUGCAGAAGGUAGUGCUUAAUGAGAAUUGCUCCGCCGCAAUGCUAAACAAAUUACCAAAGAAGAAGGGUGAUCCGGGGAGCUUAACUUUGCCUUGCCAAUUUGGCAACUUGGCUGCAAUUCAUGCCUUAGCUGAUUCUGGAGCAAGUGUGAACCUUAUGCCAUACUCGUUCUUUAAGAAGCUGGACCUCCCGGAGCCAAGGCCAAUUCGAAUGGCAAUUCAUUUGGCAAACAAGACUGUUACUUUCCCAAGAGGCAUUUGUGAAGAUUUGCUAGUGAAAGUAGACAAAUUUGUCUUCCCGGCUGAUUUCAUCAUUCUCGACAUGGAGGCGGAUCCGCAAGGGCCAAUCAUCCUUGGAAGGCCCUUCCUCAACACCGCUAGCGCUAUCGUAGACAUGAGAGAUUCUAAGCUCACAUUGCGAGUUGGGGACGAUUCAGUGACAUUCGGGGUAGACCAAGCCAUGAAGUACUCAAGGAGUAGUGACGACACGGCUUUCUCAAUCGACAUGCUUGACGAAAUAUUGGAAGAAGACAUACCUAAAGAUUCCAGCAAGUUUGCAGCUCUGGAUGAAGUAUUUGAUCCAGAAAAGGACUUACUAGAGAUUGAAAGACUGUUGGAAGAAGCGGAGUAUGAAGAAAUAAAGAAGCAAGCUGAAAGCCCUACUCGCUGA